UUCGCCCGAAGCUACAUGCUCUGAGCUGGGGAAGAGCUGAAUAUCACUUUGCGAUGGCUCAAACUCUGUUGAAAGUGAUACUAAUCGGUUUUACCGUAGCCCCAAUAGUGUACGGGCUCAGUGCGUACCUCGGUGAAGACGAAGGCGUUCCAGGCGAAGCAGUUGACGAAGCGCUUCAAUUGAUUUUGGAUAAAACUUCGAACGGCCAGACGGAACACGCUGCAACACCUCUUAAAAAGCAAUUUGCCCAACGGAAACAGGAACGGGAGCAGAAACACCUCGAUCUAAAUAUGCUGCUUCGCAAACGGCGUGCCCCACAAAAUGCACCGUCAAGUGACGCAAAAUCAACGCAACCGCGUAAAGAAUGUCGUACACGAGCGGGCGAAAAAGGCUACUGUACGCGCUACCAGAACUGCAAAGGUCCGGAACUACGGGACAGCGUCUGGUCCAUACUGCAGCAUCUCUGCUUGAUCGAUGGUCUCACGGUCGGUAUCUGCUGUCCGGAGGUAGUGCAGGAAGGCAACGGGCCCGAAUUUUCGCUGCGGCUUCCGGCAACGGCCGAUUCGUACGACGAUGUGGACGGACUCGAUGGUGGCGCGGCACCGAUGGCCCGCGAUUCGAUCGUACGUCCGGAGGAGCGUGGUUGCGGCAUCUCGACGAAGCAACUGUCCAAAAUCUCCGGUGGCCAGCAGGCAGAUGCGAACGAGUGGCCCUGGAUGGUGGCACUCGUGAUGUCACGGGCUUCGUUCUGCGGUGGUUCACUCAUCACCGACCGGCACGUCCUGACGGCGGCACACUGCGUCCUGAACCUGAAGCUGUCGCAGUUUGUCGUCCGGCUCGGUGAGUAUGACUUCAAGCAGUACAACGAGACGCGCUACCGGGACUUCCGGGUGUCCGAGAUGCGUGUUCAUGCGGACUUUGACCAGAGCACCUACGAGAACGAUGUGGCACUGCUCAAGUUGAUCCAACCGUCGUUCUUUAACUCGUACAUCUGGCCGAUCUGUAUGCCACCGCUCGAUGACAACUGGACCGGUUACCAGGGUGUGGUGAUCGGUUGGGGUACGCAGUUCUUCGGCGGUCCCUAUUCGCCCGUGCUGAUGGAGGUGAAGAUACCGAUCUGGGCGAACCGCGAGUGCCAGGAGGUGUACAUUAAUCGGAUCUUCGAUUCGCAAGUUUGCGGGGGAGAGUACGAGGAGGGGGGGAAGGAUGCCUGUCAAGGGGAUAGCGGAGGACCGCUCAUGAUUCAGCUGCCAAAUCGUCGGUGGGCCGUGAUCGGUAUCGUGUCCUCCGGUAUCCGCUGCGGUGAACCCAACCAUCCCGGUAUCUACACCCGUGUCAGCUCCUUCGUUCGCUGGAUCGUCGAGAACGCUACAUUCUGAGGUUCGUUGCUCUGCGAUGCGACUCGGCGAUAUUUACGGAAAGCUACAGCAGUUCAUUAUAUUGCAAAAGUCCACAGUGGGCUUUAUGCCCACGUCUUGGAACGAAACUAAAUUUGCGCGAGUACGUCACGUCUGUGGAAAUAUAAUAUACUAAACCAAAUAUCCGA